AUGUCUUUCCUUGGGGGAUGGCAUGCGUCUGCCGUUUUGGCAUUAGCACUGAGUGCAGUUUCAACUGCCAUAGCCUUACCUGAAGGCUCAGGAAGCAAUGACACACCCAGUACACUGAACUGCUCAGAACAACAAUUCGACUAUGUGAUUGUUGGUGGAGGGUUGUCGGGUCUUGUCGUUGCCAAUCGACUGUCCGAAAACAGCAAAGUCUCGGUUCUUGUUCUUGAGUUUGGGCCCUUCGAUAGAAGCAACACGACUCUCUGGCCGGUCAACGCACAGUCCCUCAAUACGAAAGAUAUGUUCAAUAUAACCUCGGCGCCGGAGCCAGGCCUGGACGGUCAGAGGUACCCUGUCUUUGCAGGAGCAGUGCCUGGCGGCGGUUCGACAGUCAAUGGAAUGGAAUUCGAUCGCGCUUCUUCCAGUGACUAUGAUUUCGAAGCAUUGGGAAAUCCUGGCUGGAACUGGAAUGGUCUCUUCCCCUAUUUUAAAAAGAGUACCGACUUCACGCCACCUCCUCCAGCUAUCGAAGCAAUGUACAACUACACUUGGAAUGAAGCUGCUUAUGGGAAAGGUCCUUUGCAGGCCUCUUUCCCAGAUUUCCAGUAUCCUGACAAUUUCCCGUUCUUUAGUGCGUUUAAAGAACAAGGCGUUCCCUUCAUCAAGGAGCAUGCACUCGGUAAUGCUACUGGCGUUUUCUUCACGCCAGCAUCCGAAGAUCCUAAGAAGAAAACCAGGUCAUCAUCUCUCAACGCAUACUACGACCCUGUCUCAAGCCGCAAGAACUUGAAAAUGCUGGCCCAAUAUCAGGUCACCGAGGUCGUCUUUGAUGGUAACCUUACCGCCCAAGGUGUCAAAGCAACAGAUAGGACCAGCGGCAACCAGUAUCAAUUCACGGCCACAAAGGAAGUUAUUCUGGCAGCAGGUGGCGUUCAUACACCACAUGUUCUUCAGCUUAGCGGUGUUGGUCCUAAGGAUGUUCUGACGGCCGCCGGCGUUACCGUCAAGCUUGAUUUCCCUGCCGUUGGAAGUAAUUUCCAGGAUCACCCUACCGCAUAUCUCAACUGGAAUGUAAGCAACCGCUUUCCAUAUCCGGGCAUACUCCAGGAAAAUGCUACAUACAAUGCAGAAGCACUUGCUUUGUACCUCAACAACCUGACUGGGCCUUAUACCAAGGCUCAAGCAAACAGCGCUGCCUUCCCGACUCUCGACAUGAUCACCAAAGACGGUAGUUCGAUCAUUUCGUCGCUUUUGGCGCAAGAGCCUAGUCAAUAUCUGCCUCCGAUCUACAACAACAGCCAGCAGCUAUUGGCGGGCUUCCUUGCGCAGCGCAAACUCCUCGCCUCCCAGAUCGCGACCGGCAGUGUGGCUGUCAUGGAGCUGCCAUUCGGGGGAUCAGGUUCACUCCCAAACGCGAUCGAGAAACCGCUGAGCAGAGGCACGGUGCAUCUGAACGCUAGUGACCCGCAGGGGGAGCCAGUUGUCACAUUUUACGCGUUCACUAACCCAGUCGACAAGGUAAUACUCGGCAAAAUGGUCAAUUUCACUCGUGGGAUCAUGUCCAGCGAUGCGCUUACUUAUCUGGACCCUAUCGAGACUGUGCCUGGACCGCAAUUCCAAACUGAGGAUGAAAUCUUCAACCAGUUGUUGGCAGCCUCGGCGUUGAACCCUUCAUUUGCGCACCCGAGUUGCUCGUGCCCGAUGAUGCCACAAGAUCUUGGAGGUGUGGUCAGCUCGGAUCUGCUCGUGUAUGGCACGAAUAAGCUCAGCAUUGUGGACUGCUCGAUCUUGCCCAUCAUUCCUGCGGCGCAUUUGCAGGCGACCAUGUAUGCGGUAGCCGAAAAAGCAGCUGACAUUAUCAAAAGUCGUGAUUGA